UUACGAAAGGUAGCUAAGAGAGGAUUUGCUGGUGUUGCUACUCUGUAGUGGCAAAUGAAAUGGGCGGAUUAGCGUCAUCUAUCGUUUUUCUUUUCGCUGCUUCAGUGUUGUCUCGUCUAAAUUAAUAUAAACAUUAUGUAGCAAACGUGCUUUUGGGCGGUUUAACGUCAUUGAUUACAGACAGGAUCCUAGUCAGUGCUGACAGGAGGAGGCAGGACAGCCUUGCUCUCGCCUAAACCCCCCCCCCCCCAUCCCUCCUCUCUCUCUGUCUCCCCCACCAUAUCUCCCGUUCCUCCCCCUCUCCUGUCCCCCUGCACCAUGCUGUGCUGGGGCAGCAGCGCUGAAGGCCAGCUGGGCGUGGGGGCGGGUGAGGUGCUGGAGCCCCGGAGCGCCCUGGCGCUGAGCGGACGCAGCCCCAGCGAGGUGGCGUGCGGCGGGCAGCACUCCCUCUUCCUGCUGGGUGACGGGAGCGUGUACUCCUGUGGGUCCAACAGCAGCGGACAGCUGGGCCACAACAAGGCCGGGGACUCACCAGAGCUGGUCAGGUCUCUGGAAGGCCAGAAGGUGGUCCGGGUGGCAUGUGGGCGGGCCCAUUCGGUGGCGCUGAGCGAGCAGGGCCAGGUGUUCGUUUGGGGGGCCGGAGAAGGGGGCCAGCUGGGCCUGGGGCCCCCUGAGGAGGCCGUCAGGGUGCCCAGACUGCUCAAGAAGCUUGGUGAGCACCACAUCUCUCAGGUUAUCUGUGGAAACCAGCACUGCAUAGCCCUGUCCACAGACUGCCAGCUGUUCACCUGGGGGGAGAACGGUCGGGGUCAGCUGGGUCUGGGCAGGGGGGCUCCCAGCUCUCUGACCCCCCAGCCCCUCACCUCCCUGUGUGGGAUCCCUCUGGCCCAGAUCAGCGCUGGGGGGCAGCACAGCCUGGCUCUGUCCCUGUCUGGGGCUGUGUUCGGCUGGGGCAACAACCAGGCCGGACAGCUCGGCCUCAACGACCAGCAGGACCGUGCCGUACCCUGUCACGUCAAGUUCCUCCGCUCUCAGAAGGUCGUCUACAUCAGCUGUGGAGAGGACCACACAGCCGCUCUCACCAAGGAUGGGGGAAUUUUUACGUUUGGAGAUGGCUCUAGUGGUCAGCUGGGUCAUGACUCCACCCACAGUGAGCCUCUCCCCCGGCGCGUCCUGGAGCUGAUGGGGAGCGAGGUCUCUCAGAUCUCCUGUGGCAGACAUCACACCCUGGCGUUUGUUCCGUCCUCUGGGGUCGUUUACGCGUUUGGCUGCAACUCUCAGGGCCAGCUGGGCACAGGCACCAGGGACACCGCCAGGAUCCCACUUCCUGUCAAAAACACCAAGGCCCUCCAGACAGGAAGUCCUCAUGUGUCAGGUCUCCGGCCGUUUGCAGUCUCCAGGAUCCACAGUGGGGGAGACCACAACUUCUUACUCUUCUCUGAUGAGGAGCAGAGUGCCUCCCCUCCAGAAGACUUCAGGGUGUUUAACAGCAGUAAAAGUAUCUCCCUGAUAAAUGCAGAGAACUUGAAUUUGUGGAGGAUGAAACUGAUCGACAACACAGAUUCUAGCACCACCAAUGACAUCAUCCACCAUCUGUCCUCAACCGCCUGUUGGAACGCCAGCUUCCUGGACCAGAGUGACGACGGACAUUUUAAGACCAAUCCAAAGACUCCUGGCAUCGACCUGAAGUCAGUCAGACUGCUGUUCCACACGCUCAGCCAGCCAGCCUCCUGCAGGCUCCUAGAGCAGGCCACCAGGAGUUUUGAGAGCGUGCUGAUCCCCCAGCUGCCCUGCUCUCCUCCGGAUGUGGAGGCUAUGAGGAUAUACCUGAUCCUGUGUGAGUGCCCCGCCCUGCAGGAGCCCCAGCACUACCUCUCCCUCACCGUGCCCCUGGCCUCUGCCAUCCUGCGCCUGGACCCCAACCCCAGCAAGGUCCUGGAUAACUGGUGGUGUGUGCUGGAGGCUGCAGUGUUCUCCAGGCUGGUGGACAUGUAUAAGAGCACCGUGGUGUUCCUGCUGACGGGACGCACCAGCCUGGUUCCCGUCUACCUGGAGAACCACAUCAGAGCCACUCUCAGACUGCUGGAGAAGCUGCACAAGGUGAACCUGAAGGCCAGGCAUGUGGAGUACAGCAGCUUCUACAUCCCUCACAUCAGCAGCCUGGUGGACAUCCAGGAGGACUACCUCCAGUGGUUCCUGAGCAAAGCUGAGAUUAAAAUGAGAGUACCUCCUGUUCAGAGCUCGGUAAUGCUGUGUGCCUAUCCCUUCAUCCUCAACGCCCAGGCCAAGACCACUAUGCUGCAGACAGACGCAGAGCUGCAGAUGCAGAUGGCGGUGAGUGGGGCUAACCUGCACAACGUGUUCAUGCUGCUGACGCUGGAGCCGCUGCUGGGCAGGAACCCCUUCCUGGUGCUGCACGUCCGCAGGGAGCACCUGGUGAGCGACGCGCUGCGGGAGCUGUCCGUCUACGCAGACCUCGACCUCAAGAAGCCCCUCAAGGUGAUAUUUGACGGGGAGGAGGCUGUAGAUGCGGGUGGAGUCACUAAGGAGUUCUUCUUGCUGCUGCUGAAGGAGCUGCUGGACCCACUUUACGGCAUGUUCACCCACAACGCAGAGUCCAACCUGCUCUGGUUCUCUGACAAGUGUUUCGUGGAGCACAACUGGUUCCACCUGGUCGGGAUCCUAUGUGGUCUGGCCAUCUACAACUCCACAGUGGUGGACCUCCACUUCCCUCUGGUCCUGUACAAGCUGCUGCUGGGCAGCGGGCCCUCGCUGGACGACCUGAAGGAGCUCUCUCCCACCGAGGGCAGGAGUUUACAGCAGCUUCUGGACCACGAGGGAGAUGACAUUGAGGAAGCAUUUUGUCUGAACUUCGCUAUCACCAGGGAGUACUACGGGGUGACGGAGGUGGUGGAGCUGGUACCAGGAGGAGAGAGCAUCAUCGUGGACAAGAACAACAGGGAGGAGUUUGUACAGGCCUACCUGCAGUACGUGUUCUGCUCUGCGGUGGGGGAGCUGUACGCAGCCUUCUCCUCAGGCUUCCUGAAGGUGUGUGGAGGGAAGGUCCUGUCGCUGUUCCAGCCCUCAGAGCUCAUGGCCAUGGUGGUAGGCAACAAUGACUACAACUGGGAGGAGAUGGAGAAGAAUGCGGUGUAUAAGGGGGAGUACUGCGCCUCUCACCCCACCGUCAGGAUGUUCUGGGAGGUCUUCCAUGACUUCCCCCUGGAGAAGAAGAAGCAGUUCCUAUUGUUCCUGACAGGAAGUGACCGUAUCCCCAUCCACGGGAUGGAGAGCCUUCGUAUCAUCAUCCAGUCCACCUCGGCAGAGGAGCAGUACCUGCCCGUGGCCCACACCUGCUACAACCUGCUGGACAUGCCGCGCUACCAGACCAAAGAGACCCUGCGGCACCGCCUCACCCGUGCCGUGGAGCAGUACGAGGGCUUCAGCCUGGUCUGACGGGGACAGCGCCCCCCACAGGGUGGGAGGACGUGUUAACAUUCAAUGUUGUUAGGGAGGGAGGGGGCUCCAAAGCUAAGGCACUUUAUUAAAGAUAGAGGGAUUAGGGAAUUAUUUUUAUUUUUGUUUUCUCAUACGAUUAUGUAAAAUCUGACAUGGGGGAGAUUAGCAAAAUGAAAAUUCAUCCAGUGAGCACAUAUACAUAACGUUGACCAUAACAUACCGGCAGAUCAUUAUUUUAAUAUAAUUCGCUUUAACCUUGCAGAGAUUAUUUCUUUGUUGUAAAGGAGAGAGGGAGGACAGGGGGUUAAAAGUAUUUUUUGAACGCAUCCAGAUUUUGUAUUCGAUUAAUUGAGUUUGAAUCUACUUACAAACUUUAUGUAAAUACUUUGAGAAGUUUUCAAUUAAACCUUUUUGUUGUUGUUGCUUUAAGAUAAUGUAUUGAAUAUUAUUAUUUUUGUGACAGGUAUAAUUUUAGGGGCAGAUAAUUAUUCUAGUGGAAUGUAGAUAACUUCCUGUCGACAAAUAUUAUACCCUUGGCUCCUGACCAGACUGGGCCAGUCUGUGCUGGUGGAGGUCAGUUUAAAUACAGCGAGAGCAGCGAGCCGUCUAAUCCAGGACCAGAUAAAUAAACACAGUUCUAAUGUUUAAUCCCCAAACCCACGUGCACAUCGAGAGAGGGACAGAUCAGCCGAAGCAAACACGCCUGAAACUACAGUUAAAAACAACAUGCCCUUUAGAGAAAUGUGUUUGUUUCGGGUUUCAAGGUGCUUUGGCUGUAGUUUUAAUUUUAAAUUUUAUAAAAACGAAAUCGGAAAUAAUAGUUUUGCAUGUCGCUUGUUUGUGCACGCCUGUGUUGGCAGAGGUCAUGCAAACGCUUGCUUAGGCAUUAAAUCUAAACAAACACAGAGCUACUAUCCCAAUUACUAUGAUCCCACGGAUCCGGAUUGACAGAUUGGGAUCAGAUAUAAUGUCCGUCUGUACCAUGUGGGUAUUAGUGGGUCAGAUGGCUGAGCGGUUAGGGAGUCGGGCUAUUAAUCAAAAGGUUUUUGGUUCGAUUCCCGGCCGUGCAAAAUGACGCUGUGUCCUUGGGCAAGGCACUUCACCCUACUUGCCUCGGGGAGAAUGUCCCUGUACUUACUGUAAGUCGCUCUGGAUAAGAGCGUCUGCUAAAUGACUAAAUGUAGGCUACAUGUAAUUUAAAUGUAGUAGGUAGGCCUAGUGAUUAGUUGUCUCGCUAGCGGAUGACUCAGCCGAAAAACGAAUCUGUUUCUGGGGAUAAUGUCCUGACCUAAUAACGUUGACUCAUAUUUGUUCAGAGGUGGGUUCGAUUUUCUUGGUUUAAUUGGCUAUAACGAGUAGAUCCGCACAGGACAUCUAAUUAGCAAUAAGGAAUUAAGCCAACGCAGCGCCAGAUAGUGUUGCCAUGACGACCUGUCCUGUUCUAAAGGUCAUCAGAAUGUUGGAAGUUUUCCGCCCACGUGCCAGCAGUGUCUCCAUUGUCAAGUUGCCGUGUUUAUUCUCAUUCCUGUUCAGUCCGUGUAUUAAGUAAGGCUCAAGGGUUAAGUUAAUGCUGAUGUUUUUAACAAGUGAUUAAGAGGGUUUGUUAGUUUGUAGUAGUUUUGAUUUGAUUAACUCAAUAUUCUCAGGCUGGCCCGUAAACAUCAACAUAGAACGAUGUUAUCCAACGUCACGCGGUGAGAAACUGUAAAGAUGCACGUGUUUGCGAAGUUCUAUUUAGUCAUCGAGACCUCGACCGUUCUGAUUUGAGUUUAUUGGCUGGACAGUGUGCUACUCUGCCUGCCCCCCUACCAGUAUUACAUCAUGAGGAUAUCGUUUCAUCUUCCUUCUUACCGUGUUGUUCUGCAGCUGGAUAUCCACUGUGUUAGAGGAAGAGAUUAAUAAUCAUAAUUCCAACCAGUCUUGUUUCUUGGUCAAUGUAUGCAAACUCAAGGGCUUAUUAGUGGCUGUAACUGGCUUGUUUUGAGUAUAUAUUUACUUUUGUACCUUUUUAAAUGGAUGAAUUAUUUAUCCUUAUAUUUUUUCCUGAGCAAAUAAAAUUCAAUUUCACCUCA